AGGACACAGGCGCACAGGGCAGGGAUAGAGUUUCUCCCGGUAAGAGAUCUCUUUGACCACCGUAGAUUCGGUUUCUCUUCCUCUGUGACUCACACAUCAAUGUAUGCAGUAUUUUAACUUCAGAAUUGUCUUUUCUCACGUUUAUUCAUCUGUCUUUUAAAAAAGAGAGAAUUAAACUAAUGGUGAUCCCCGGGUGUGCGUCGCGCUCGCUGCCCGGCGUCGUGUUACCUUCCUCGGGGCAGCAUGGGCUCGUAAGAUGCCUUCUCUGUGGAAACGGAUAACCUUCUCAGUGGCCUCGGUGCUCUGUAUCGGCUCCGUGGUCCUGCUGGUCGUGGCUCUGUCCACGGAGCGGUGGGUGACAGGACGGAUCCUGUGUAAGACCGGGGUGGAGAUAGUGAACGCCUCACACCCGGAGUUAGAGCAGUUCAUCGGGGACAUUUACUAUGGUCUGUUCCAGGGAGGGAAGAGCAAGAGGUGCGGGCUGGGCAAGAGGAGAUCCAAAAUCUACAUUUUCCCAAAGCUUGUGCGGACAUUGAAUGGAGGUCUUCACAUGAUGGUGAUCCUCUUCUUGCUGGUGGCCGUGGGCUUUGCUAUAGUCAGUCUGUCAUUCUGCAUCUACAAUGCACGCAAAGUCCCCUACCAGAGCAUCAAAGGCCACAAAGGACUCUACCUGUGGAACUUCAUCGCUGCUCUUUUCAGUGCCCUGGCACUACUGUGUUUCCUGGCAGCCUUGAGGCACCACCGUAUGACCGAGCGGGUGGCUAAUUAUCGUGAGAACCUUUUCAUGUUGGUGGUCCUGGAUGACAGCCUGGACUGGUCCUUCUGGCUCGGUGUAGGCAGCAUUGCAACUCACUUUGCCGUCUGUGGAGUUGUUGCCAUGAGUCGAAUCAAACUGCCCAAACGUGAGAUUAAGAAACCAGAGGAGCCAACUAUCUCCUCCCUGGACCUGCUUUACUGAAGGACGUACAGAGGAGAUCGGUUGCUCAUUUUUAAACCUCUGGACAUUGACUGGAUCAAACCACAAAGACUUACACCAGAGAGAAUCUGCACUGUGCCAGAGCCCCUUCAAGAAAAUCAACUUUCAGGCUCAUAACAGCCUUGAUGUAGCCUUAUGGCACACUCAUGUAAAUUCUUGAAUUAUGUUCUUUCGUUUCAGUUUUCAAAAGUUACUUGAAGUCUGAUGAUGAGCAUGUUAAAUAAGGUGCAUCUCAAACUUCACCUUUGAAUGCUGCACAUCCUGUAUCAUGUAUAUAUUCUUUCUAUAGCUGCAACAUGUGAGCAUGUUCUUUGUGUGUCAUGAUAUGAAAGUCCUCUUUUUUAGUCACUUAAUAGAAAGCAGAAUGUGGUCCAUGGUCUGUUGUUGAGGGUGGCAGACAGGUCUUAUACCUUCAUGAAGGAUUAAAAUAUGUUUUUUACUUGAAUUAUCCCUAAUAGAAAAGUGUAUAUUAAAUGCAUAAAUAAUGAUUUAAUUAAAAUCAUUAUGUGUUCAUCAAAGACUUUCAUGAUGUCCAAGAUGGUUAAUUUAAGUAAGUCUUUCUGUUGUGUUGGUGUCAUGAACCCAUUUCAUUGGCUUCUUAACUUAAGAUGAAUGGUAGAGAUUUAUUCCUUGACAAUAACUGAGAAGAACAUUCUGACUGCUCUUGUAUUUUUUGAGAUAACUAUUCAUAUACAACAUCAAAUAAACUAUUAACUUCA